UUUUUCACACACCGCCUCAGAUUCUUGCCUCGUUUUGUAGCCUUCCAUUUCCACCCCUUCUUUCUUCAACUUUGUUAUUUCCUCAUCCUUUCUAUGCUUGGUUACUUCUCUCUCAAGCUCUCAAAGCCAAGGACCCGUGUUAGACCAAAUGACUUGGACCUCUUUUUCACAUCUGUUUCUGCUUCCACAGUUUCUAGCAUGGUUGCCGUUGAGAUGGAGGUUUUCUCCAAUUCUCAACUCAUUCUCCUCACCCUUCUCAUGUUUCUUGGCGGGGAAGUUUUCACUUCCAUGCUAGACCUUGUACUUGCUAGGUAUAAAGUUACCACCAAUCCUUUUUCACCCACAAGCAAGACCGGUACCCCAUUUAAAGCCAACCAAGUUGAGCUUGGUUUAGUAACUAUUCCUCAUUCAGAAUCAGAAAACCACAAACCAAGUGAUAGUGAUAAACUUAAGUAUAACUCUCUUAUUUAUCUUACUUUUGUGGUUUUAGGUUACCUUAUAGUGGUUCAAUUUGUUGGCUUUAGUUUGGUAUCUUUGUACAUAAGUUUGGUACCAAGUGCAAGACAAGUACUGAAAAACAAAGGCAUUAAGAUUGUAACAUUUUCUUUGUUUACCAUAGUCUCCACUUUUGCUAGUUGUGGUUUUAUCCCCACCAACGAGAACAUGAUGGUUUUCAAGAACAAUUCGGGGCUUCUCCUCCUUCUCCUCCCACACGUCCUUCUAGGUAACACCCUUUACCCACCGUGUUUGAGGCUUGUGAUAAUGCUUCUGAAAAAGGUUACCAGAAGAGAAGAGUAUUCGUACUUGCUCAAGAAUUUCAAAGACAUGGGGUAUGAUCAUAUGCUCUCUGCUCUUCAUUGUUGCCUCCUGGUAGCUACUGUCUUGGGUUUGAAUGUUGUACAAUUUGUGAUGCUGUGCUCCAUGGAGUGGAACUCCAACAUCAUGGAGGGUUUGAAUGUGUAUCAGAAACUGGUUGCGUCGUUAUUUCAAGUUACUAACGCCAGACACUCUGGUGAAUCUGUUUUUGAUCUCUCUUCCAUCUCUUCAGCCAUAUUGGUACUCUUCAUUGUCAUGAUGUACCUGCCACCAUACACAACAUAUUUACCUGUAAAUAGAGAGAAGGAAAAUGAUGUGAAGAGAAAGGAAAAAAGCAUAGUGGAGUGUGUUGUAAUGUCCCAACUCUCAUACUUGGUUAUUUUCAUUAUUUUGAUUUGCAUAACUGAGAGCAAAAGCUUAAAAGAGGAUCCCCUCAACUUUAAUGUCUUGAACAUCACCCUAGAAGUCAUCAGUGCUUAUGGGAAUGUGGGGUUCUCAACGGGAUAUAGCUGCGCAAGGCAAUUGAAACCAAAUGGUAUGUGCAAAGAUUCAUGGGUUGGAUUUUCCGGUAGAUGGAGUAACAAAGGCAAGUUCAUCCUUAUCUUGGUCAUGUUCUUUGGGAGGCUCAAGAAAUUCAACAUGAAAGGUGGCAAAGCAUGGAAUCUCUCAUAGCACUUAGAUAUAUAUACUUAACAGCACCCCUGCUGCAACCACUAUGCACUUGCAUUGCAUCUGCAUGUAUGGAUAUAUUAUGAGAGAUUUAGAACUUUUACCAUCACAAAAAGGUUUGG